AGUCAUUUUGAUAUGUUGAUUGUUUACAAAUUUGUUUGAAUGGAGCAUGAAGUUUUAUCAUUAGAGCAUUUUAUUCGUAAUGGUUUUAAGAAAAUAUCCUUAUUUGUUCAAAGAAAAAUCGCUAGUGCCACGUUAUGACUGACACAGAUGAUACGGACGAAUUGCUAUUGAUUCCUCCUGAUUUUUUCGUUGUAGAGUCGGAUUCAGGCCAACACGACCCGGUACGACCUUAUUACAAUAUCGUCGAUAAACUUAUAAAGCAGGUAGACGGUCUGCAACACCGUUUAAAAACCAUAGAGGUAUCUGAAAGUUUUUUGAGUCAUUCUAUGGAUUUUACGCAGUCCCCGUCGAAUAUGAAUUCGCACCGGCAAAAUUUUCGAAAGUACAACAGUACAGAUGACUUGCAAACUAGUUAUAGUGCCCAAAAUACGCCGCAAAAGCCAAGUUCUAAGUUUAAGUUGAAUUCUUUACCAAAUAGUCCUAACGUUGAUAGAUUGCAGCAUCCUAGGAGUUUUAGAAGGGGUUUAGGUGGUAGGCUAGUUGAAGAUUCUCCUGAAGGUAAAUAUACCAGAUUCGACAGAGAUGGGCAGACACUUAAUGAAAUAGACACAUUUUUAUCGAAAGUAAAAAGUAUCCAAAGGAUUUCUGCUGUUAGGAAUUUGGAAAACGAUUUUAAUACUUUUGGAUCCGUUAAAAGUGGUGAAAGAUCGCAGAAUUCUGGUAAUUUGAGAGAAGAGCCUAGUUGUAUGAAAAAAACCUGGCAGUGUGGUGAUAAUAAAGACAGUGUUCCAGAUUAUGGCACAGGUAUGAGAGAUUUGUUAUAUAAUGAUAAAUUAAAAGAAAAUAAACUUUAUUCUAAUAAUACGCAUUCAAAUUAUCCUCUUAAUGAUUCAAUACAGAGUGCUGAAAAGAAUUUUACUGAUAGCAGCUCAGAUUCCACUCUAAUAACUGCCUAUGGGCGAUCUAAACCAAGUAAAACAAAUUUACUAACUAAUCCUAUACAUUCCAAUGCAGUAAAUAUUUUAAAUAUGCAUAAAAAGUUGGUGGAGGACUCAAGUCAUAAAAUAAGUUCUAAUGACAUUUACAAAGAACACAAAAGAAAGGCCAGGGGCACUAUAGUGGGCGAUAAUUUUGGAGCGGAGUUAGGAUUGAUGAAUUUGGCCGACAUAUGGAAUGCUAAUCCUUAUGAUAGUUUAACGGCCUCGCAAUUUACGCAAAAAUUACAAGAGGAGAAGUAUCGACGACAGCACUGCGAAAAUUUGAUACAAGAACUGCAAACGAGGAAUUUAGAGAUGCAGCAAAAACUUUCAGUGGCGGUGAAAGUCGACGAUGCCAAGAACAAAACCAUACAACAAUUCCAAGAUACUAUGGAAAAAUUAAUAGUGAGAUUGGAGAAAUUAAAUAAAGAGAAAGUCGAUUACGAAUUUGAGAUAAAUAAAUUGCAAAAUAGACAUAUAGAUGAGAAAGAAGAAGCUGAUCAGAGAAUUGGCCAUUACGAGAAGGAAGCUUCUAAGGCUCUAAAUUUGGCACACGCCAAUCAAGAGAAAUCGAACAUGCUAGAAAGUAAAUGCAAGCAAUUGGAAAACGAAAAUCAAACGUUAAAAAGGAAAUUGGACGUUUCUGAGGAAAAUUACGUAAAAGAAUGCGACAAAUACAAACAAAUGUCGGAAAUAUUGGCUCAGAAGGAGAUAGAAAUCAACGAAAACAAAAUAACUCUGUCGAGCGCGUCUGCGGAGAUAACUCAGAGCCGGAAAGCCGUUGAGGGUUGUCAGAAGGAGUUCAACAAAAUGAAAGAGGAGUACAUUAAAAUGGACGAUAAGCUCAAAGAGGAAAGGACACAAACUGUUAAACUCAAUAAGGAAGUUAUGGAUCUGUUAGAGGAGUUGGAUUCUAGGAAGAAACGCGAGAUUGAAUUACAAGAUGAAAUAACCAAACUCAAAAAACACUUGGAGAGCAAUAAAGUAGAAUUAAGGAAUUUUUAUCAAGGCCAAGUGGAAAUUUUAGUACAAAAUAAGCUUAAGGAAUUCCAGUGCCAAUUGGAUCAGACGGAAAACAAUUUUAAAGAUGAAAUCAAGAAGAGAGAGAUGGCCAUCGCCAAAUCAGCUGCUUCACACAUUCAACAGAUAUCAGAGAAGUCUACUCUUGAAAUCAAACUGCUGGAAAAGAAGCACCAGGAGGAGAUCAAGCUGUACCAGAUACAGAUCAUGCAGCACAAGCAACAAGCCGAAAGCAUUCAAAGUAAACUGAUCCAGUUCCAAGAGAAGCGGGUCACGGUGGCCAAACAAUUGCAGAAAGUCAUGGAGAGUCAGUGGAACGAAGCCAUGCGGAUAAUCGCGAACGGCAAGAGCCCGACGUUUCACGAGGAGCCGACGACUUUUAGCACGAUCGACCAACUUAAUAACCUGAGGACAAAGUCCUACACCAAUCUAGAAGAGGUUCUCAGUCAACAUGACGAAGAAGACAAUUAUAACAACAUGGUGGGUCGCAAAACGCUCGAACAAGAAGAACCUUGUUCAAUGUUGGGCAGUAAUACAGGAAAAAUUACUUUCGACCGUUUCGGGCAACAAACUGAAACCCCUGUAUCUAGCAAAGCGACGCAAUUGGCCAGACCUGCAUUAAGCGAAACUGAUAUACAGAAGUACAUCAGUUUGUUUUUGAAUAAACCAACGGGGAACCAAGGCAUUCCAUCCCAAGAGGAUUUACUUAAGGAACUGGAAAGCUAUUGCUUCGAUGCCAACUCAAGGGAUAAAGACGAUGGCAGUAGAACGAGUAGAGGACAGCAAAGGGAUCGCAAAGGAUCUAAACCGCCAUGGAAAUAAAAACAAUGGACGCCAAAAGAUUUUAUAUUCCCGCCUAAAUUUAUCGUUUAAAAGUGUUGAUAUUUAUUUUUUUAUAUAUAUAAUAGAAUCUGUAUCUAAUUUUGUUUAGUUAUUGUAAUACGAAAAAUAUAAUGGUAUUAUAUUAA